AUGGAGCCAUUGGAAAACACCAUCCCUCGUCGUUUUCAAAGACAACAACGCACAUUGUCAGAUCAUUGGAGCGAUGACUAUUCGAGUGAAAAGUCGCCUGCUUAUGCAAAAACGGAAAACUCGUCAGCGGCAUGGUCUUUAAGGGACGAUAGCAAUGCGGAGCUUGUGGUUCCCCAGGUCAUGAUUCAACCUUUGGGCAUUACACGGCAAGAUAUUGGGCAUCUACGAGUGAUUGUUUGUGGUGACUCUGGUAUUGGCAAGACAGCCAUGAUUCAAGCGUUGACAAUGUUACCCGAGAUCACUGCUUGUGAAGUAGCAACCGAUGUCGAAUGCAGCAAUCCAUCCUUCAUGACGAAUUUCUUGGAAACAGACGAAGAAAAGGAAGAAGAAUAUGAUGAAGCGUCCUCUUUUGCCAAAGAUGAGAUUGGAUUAAAUAUUCAGGAGACAUUUGCAAGUACCAUGACAGCUCCCUUUUGGAGUAGAGACAAUCAACAACAGCAACAGCAACAACAUCAAUCCAAUGACCAUCAGAUCUUUAUCAAAAAUAUUUGUCUUGUGGAUACACCUGGUUAUGGUGCUUGCAUUGAUGCACAAUCAGUCAUUACGUCGGUGGCAUCUUAUAUUGAACGACAAUUUCAAAAGACGAGCAACAUGUUGAAUCCAAUGUAUCCCAAUACACCUGAAGUGACACGGCUUGUACACAAUCCCUAUGGAGCCCAUACCCACGUCGAUGCAUGUAUUUAUGUGGUAUUGGAUCGCUUUAAGCGAGUGGAUAUUGAGUACAUGCGCGCCAUUCAUCAUUUGUGCAACGUCAUCCCGGUGAUCAUUAAGCACGACCCUCAGCUGACACAAGAUCAGGAGAAUGAAUUAAAGAAGGAUGUACUGCGAGAACUUGACGAGAAUGGCAUUGAAACAUUUACAACAACAUGCAACCCUUUUAUCCUUCCCGAUACCACGCAUGUCGAUGAUUUACGAGAUGCUUUAUUCUAUUCGCAUAUCGAACAUUUGAGACGAUCGACAGCAACAAAAUUCGUCACUUGGCGUGCUUCUCAAAUCAUGAUUUCAUCUUCAACCAUGUCAUCCACACUCACAGCAUCUACACUCACGUCGGCUGAGACCGUGGAUCGAAUGCAUGCUCUUCGUACACGCCAUGAACAAAACAUGAAUCUGUACAUUUCACGCUAUGUCAGUGAAAAACGCAAGACCAUGGAACGGGACAUGUUUGAACGUGAACGUGCCUUGAAGAAUGAGCUGGCCUCCGUUGAGAGACGCAAACGUGCUGAAUUAUUGGUCAAUGAACUCAACCAACUAUUUCAACAAGGGAACAUUGAUGAUCUCAAGGUUUUACGACCUACAACAACAAGUCAUCCACAACAGGGCAAGGGGUCAACCACAACAUCAUCAUCAUCCGUGGAGGGGAACCAUGGCAACAAGGGACGACCUUUGUUAUUACAACAGCAAAAAGUAGACAACAUGAUCCAGCUUGUAUUGUUUAUCAUUGGCCUUCACUUGAUAUUUGACGUUGUUUGUACUAUUUACCUGCAUCAAUAA